AUGGUCGACAUGGGAGGCCUGGACCACCUGAUGGCCAACACCGCCUACUGCGGCCAGGCCGGGAAGACCUCGGACGGUGACCGCAGGGAGCUGCGGCGGCAGCGCCUGGUGCUGCCGGGCCCGCAGUGCUGCGCCCUCCACCAGGCCGUGCCCCCGGACUUCCACAGCCUGUGCGAGCAGCAGCCUGGCCGCCGCCUCUUCAUGGACUUUCUAGCCACGGAGGCCCCAUACCAAGAGGCUGUGGUCUUCCUUGAGGAGAUGCAGAGCUGGGAGCUGGCUGAGGAGGGCCCGGCCAAAGGAAACACGCUGCAGGGGCUGGUGGCCACUUGUGCGGCUGCCCCUGGCCCAGGGAACCCACACCCGUUCCUCAGCCCAGCUUGAGCCAUCAAGUGCCAAGCAGCCGCCACUGAGGAAGAGGGAGCUGCCCUGGUGGCGCUGGCCAAGGCAGAGCCCAUGGCCUUCUUGCAGGACCAGCCCUUCCGGGAUUUCCUGGCCAGCCCCUUCUAUGACAAGUUUCUGCAGUGAAAAGCCUUUGAGAUGCAGCUGGUGGCAGACAAGUGCUUCACUGAGCUCUGUGUGCUGGGGAAAGGUGGUUUUGGGGAGGUAUGUGCUAUCCAGGUGAAAAACACUGGUAAGAUGUAUGCCUGUAAGAAACUGGACAAGAAGCUCCUGAAGAAGAAACAUGGCGAGCAAAUGGCUCUUUCAGAAAAGGAAACCUUGGAGAGGAUCAGCAGCCCUUUCAUCGUGUCUCUGGCCUGUGCCUUUGACAGCAAGUCCCAUCUCUGCCUGGUCAUAAGCCUGAUGAACGGGGGAGACCUCAGGUUCCACAUCUACAGAGUGGGCACGUGGGGCCUGGCCACGAGCAGGGUGGUCUUCUACUCAGCCCAGAUGACCUGUGGGGUGCUGCACCUGCAUUCCCUCAACAUCGUCUACUGGAACCUGAAGCCUGAGAACGUGCUUCUGGAUGACCUUGGCAACUGUAGACUUAGCAACUCCGACCUGGGGCUGGCCGUGCAGAUCCAAGAGGGCAAACCUGUCACCCAGAGGGCUGGAACCAAUGGUUAUAUGGCUCCUGAUGUCCUAAUGGAUAAAGUGAGUUAUUCCUACCCUGUGGACUGGUUUGCAAUGGGAUGCAGUAUUUAUGAAAUUGUUGCUGGAAGAACACCAUUCAAAGAGUACAAGGAAAAAGUCAGUAUAGAGGAUUUAAAGCAAAGAAGCCUGAAGGAAGAGGUCAGAUUCCACCAUGAUAACUUCACAGAGGGAGCAAAAGAUGUUUGCAGAUUCUUCUUGGCUAAGAAACCAGAGCAACGCUUAGGAGGCAGAGAAAAAUCUUAUGAUCCCAGAAAACAUCCUUUCUUAAAAACCAUCCACUUUCCUCGCCUGGAAGCUGGCCUAUUUGAACCCCCAUAUGUGCCAGACCCUUCAGUGGUUUACGCCAAAGACAUUGAUGAAAUUGAAGAUUUCUAUGAGGUUCGGGGAGUCGAAGUUGAUGAUAACGAUAAGAAGUUCUUCCAAAGGUUUGCAAUAGGUGCUGUCCCGAGAGAGUGGCAGGAAGAGAUUAUAGAAACAGGACUGUUUGAAGAAUUGAAUGACCCCAACAGGCCUGCAGGUUAUGGGGAGGGUAAUUCAUCCAAGUCUGGUGUGUGUUUGUUAUACAUUGUUCUCUCUAACAGAUGGGCAGCUGGAGUCUCAGCUGACCUAAUCCUCGAAUGUUCCUGUUAA